AUGGGCGUUUUGUACGACGUGCUGUUCAAGCCGAUCGGCCGUAGCGACCUUUCGGCGGCCACGACGAUCGCCGCCGACGGUCCGACAGCAGUCAACGACACGCAACUUCCGCCGGAAUGGGUACUGGACAGGCGUGACAGCGGUUCGCUGGUCUGGCGCCGGUACGACCUGCCGCCGUCUUGUCGGAGGCGCGUCCGAUUUCUGGACGCCGUACAGGUACGGGUGUUUGAGCGUGACGACUGCACCGACGAUCGGGACGACUGCGCCGCUGACGCUGACGACGAAGACGGCCAACUGUGUUGGGCCGACGACUGGUCGUGGGACAAGGACGACGACGGUGGGUCGAAGACUUCGUACUGCGCACAGAGGGACCGGGACGAUUAUCCCGUGCUGGUCGCCGUGUCCGUUACCAUGCUGGGACUGUGCAUCGGUCUGACAUACCUAUUCGCGCCCGUCAAGUGGCUGUUCCACCAGCUGCUCGUUGACUGA